AGGAAGCUGGCCGAGCGAGCAAGCAAACAAAGCAAUCACACUUCUUCUGCAACAAUGGCCGAGUUUGAGAGCGUUGAGGCGACGCCGAGAGUCAUCAACGUGAUGUCGUCUCUGCUUCAGAGAGUAGCCGAGUCGAACGAUCUCAACUUCCGAUUUGACUCCCGGAAGAUGACGAUCUCGGCGUUCCACAGCCUUACUCGGCCGACGAUAUCUGUCCGGAGAUACCUCGAGCGGAUCUUCAGGUACGCCAAUUGCAGCCCCUCCUGCUUCGUCGUUGCCUAUGUUUACCUCGAUCGCUUCGCCCGGCGGCAGCCUCUGUUGCCUAUCAAUUCCUUCAAUGUCCACCGGUUACUCAUCACCAGCGUCUUGGUUUCCGCCAAGUUCAUGGAUGACAUGUAUUACAACAAUGCACACUACGCCAAGGUUGGGGGAAUCAGCACAGUGGAGAUGAACCUCCUUGAGGUGGACUUCUUAUUUGGUUUGGGCUUCCAAUUGAAUGUCACACCUGACACUUUCCACACCUACUGUUGCUAUCUUCACACCGAGAUGUUGACGGCAUCUUCCCUACAUGUAGCUUCUUCUUCCGCUCCUCUAACUAUUGGGAGAGCCCCAGUCCUCCAUUGUUGCUCCAAUGAAGAUGAGUCCACCCACCAUCAACAACUGGCCGUUUAGGUCAACUUGGUUGGCUCAGCUUUGAAAGCUAUUAUUUACAAACCCAGAAAAGUGUCCCUUAAAUCGAUGGCCAGCUUAAGAAUAACUCAAAGAUGGAGGGCAAAUUGGCCUCGGAGAAGCCAAAGCCCUCUUAUGUCUAUGUCAAUGACAUACUCCAAGCUACAUUACAUUAUUGAGCAACAGACCGCACCCCCCCCCCCCCCCCCCCCCCCCUCGUUUUUCCUUUUGAUUUAGGGAUUUUCUGUUAUCAGUACUUAGACUUUGCACUGAGAAUUAUAAGAUGUAUAUAUAGAUGGAUUGAUCAAAUUUAACCUUUUUUGAAAGUU